AUGAGCUGUGAUCUCACUCUGUUUACUGGUGUGUUUCUUUCAGGUGCACACAUUAACCAGAGGAUGUACGGCUGUGAGUGGGACGAUGAGACUGGAGAGCUUAAUGGGUUUAAUCAGUAUGGUUAUGAUGGAGAAGACUUCAUAGCAUUUGACCUGAAGACAGAGACAUGGAUCGCUCCAACACCACAGGCUGUCAUCACCAAACACAAGUGGGAUAAUAACAGAGCUUUGACAACACAGAGAAAAAACUACCUGACCCAGAUUUGUCCUGACUGGCUGAAGAGGUAUUUGGCCUAUGGGAGGAGCUCUCUGCUGAGAAAAGAGAUUCCCUCAGUGUCUCUCCUCCAGAAGACUCCCUCCUCUCCAGUCAGCUGCCACGCUACAGGUUUCUACCCUGACAGAGCCACGAUGUUCUGGAGGAAAGAUGGAGAGGAGCUUCAUGAGGACGUGGACCUCGGAGAGAUCCUCCCCAACAACGAUGGAUCCUUCCAGAUGAGUGUUGACCUGAAUCCUCCAACUGAAGACUGGGAGAAGUACGAAUGUGUGUUUCAGCUCGCAGGUGUGAAGAACGACAUCGUCACCAAACUGGAGAAACCAAAGAUCAGAACCAACGAAGACAUGAAGACCUCAUCUGACACUACAGAACCAGGUCUUUCUGUCUAGUUUAAAUUAUUUUAC